UUUGUUCCCUGCGCUGAGAAAAUAAAACUUUUUGCCCUUACAAAUCCAACGACGAUAAGUUCCUGUACAUCUCUCGCUUUCUCUAAAUCUCUAGUGUGAGAAUGGAUUCCACACCAGUUAAUUGGGAUACCCUAGAUUCUCUUAUUAUCAAUUUUGCUAAAUCUGAGAAUUUACUCGAAGAUUGCACUGAAUCUUCUUCUCCUUCAUCUUCUGGUUAUCAUUCUCGUUUAGUAAUUCGUCAAAUCAGAAAGUUUAUUGAGAUCGGUGACAUUGAUUCUUCGAUUAGUCUUCUUCGAAUUCAUGCUCCUUUUGUUCUUGAUGAUCACCGUCUUCUUUUUCGAUUGCAGAAACAGAAAUUUAUUGAACUAUUAAGAAGAGGCACAACUAAGGAUCGCGAUGCUGCCAUUGAUUGCAUUCGAACAGUUCUUGCUCCUUGUGCUUUAGACGCUUAUCCGGAAGCGUAUGAGGAGUUUAAGCAUGUUCUUUUGGCGUUGAUAUUCGACAAAGACGAUCAGACUUCUCCAGUGGCUAAUGAGUGGUCUGAAAAGAGGCGCUUUGACAUUGCUGGCUUGUUAUCAUCGGUUCUUCGAGUUCACUUACAAGCGUUCGACCCAAUCUUUUCUAUGACAUUGAGAUACUUGAUAAGCAUACACAAAGGAUUUUGCUUUCGCCAAGGCAUUUCAUCACCUGUUUCAGAUCUGACCGAGAGAUUGCUUAUUGAAGAACGAGACCCAGCUCCUACUCCACAAGAAAGCUUGCUAGAGGCACCUCCAUUUGAUGAGGUGGAUGUGCAAGCGCUUGCUCAUGCUGUUGAUCUUACAAGACAAGGGGCUAUUGACAGCUUGCGAUCUGCUAAAGGAGAUUUGUUUCAGGCUUUUAAGAAUGAAUUGUGCCGGAUGAGAAUGGAUGUCUCAGUACUUGAUGAUCUUGUCCAUGAGUAUUGCGUCUAUAGGGGUAUUGUGGAAUGUGGGCUUUCAUCAGGACAUGCAUCAGACAUGCAAAGUCUUGGUAGAUCUUCAAUUACGUGUGAACCUGAUCCUUCCAAUGGUUCCUCGUUAGAUUGCUCCAUCAACAUGGAUGUGCAGCCUUGUAAGGACUCCGAUGGUGAAACUUCUGUUUGCAAUCCUGAUUCAAUUGGCACUCAAGAAAUGAACGUGCGGGGUGGUGAUGUCGAACGGCGAGUUGCAUAUGAGACAGAAAGCAAUCGAGAAGAUUGCAGCACAAGUAGUCCUGAAAACUUUAAAAACUUUCAGAAGAACAGAGGUCAUGGGACUGGAGAAAGGAGUGGACGUAAGAGGUGGAGAGGUAGGAAUGAGGGAUUAGAAGUUGGUCCUGAUAUUUCUCUUACUGGGACCAGCAAGCAAAAGCUUAGCGACCGUGACCAUGCUGCUGAUAUAUUCAUGUCAGAUGAAAAACAGGUUUCAGUAAAACGUCCUGGUUCAGAGAAUUUCCACAUUGGGGAGGAGUACAAAUAUGAUAUUGUGCUGGAGAUGAAGGAAUUAGCGAGUAAGGGAAUGACCGUGGAGGUUGUAAAGGAGAUCAAUGCCCUGGACCCUAACUUCUUUGUGCACAAUCCUGAUCUUCUAUUUCAACUUAAGCAGGUCGAGUUUCUUAAGUUGGUUAGCUCUGGUGAUCGUGAUGAAGCUAUAAAGGUUGCAAAAGCAUUUUUAGGUCCUUCAACAGCUAGCAAUGCAACUUUGCUUAAACCUUUGAAGGAGACCCUCUUCUUGGCUUUAAUGGGACCCAAUGAAGAUCCACUUACCAAAGGAGUACCUCUGUCUCUCCUUGCAACUUCGCUCCAGGUGGCAUUAGGUAGGAGGCUUGGCAUAGAAGAACCACAGCUUAUGAAGAUAGUGAGAACAACGAUUCACUCACACAAUGAGUGGUUUAAAAUUCAAAUGUGUAAAGACCGUUUCGAAGGACUUCUGAAGAUCGAUUCUUUGAAGGAUAUUAACACUUCCCUACUUACUGAAUCUAAAUCCAACAUAAAUCUUGAUGCUGACACCUCUGGGUCUUCCCAAGUUACAGUAUCUUCAAGUAGCAGAAUGCUGGAAGAUAGUAGCAGUCCCUCUCAGGUUUCUCCCGGAGAUGUUAUCUGUGAUGAAAGUGCUAUACUCAAAGUUAUGGAAUUCUUGGCUUUGCCUAGAGCUGAUGCGAUCCAUCUUCUGGCCGAGUACAAUGGGAAUGCGGAGACUGUCAUACAACAGAUUUUUGCAUAGGCUCAUCAAAUUGUUCUAUUAAAGAGUAAAUCUGUAGUCCACCCGAAGGAGAAAAAGAAGAAAGAAAACAAAUAAAAUGAAGUAAUCCAUUAUUUUAUUCAAUUUGUUACCAUAUCAGAUUUAGUUGUAAAUAACGCUAAUGUGUAUGAUGUAUACUAGAAGUCAAGGAAUUGAUGAGAGAAAUAGGGUGAGAAAAUAAAACC